ACCAUUUAUCCACACUGAUUUGCCUAAGAGAGAGAGAAAAAGAUCCAAACCCGACGAUUUCGUGUCGGCAACACGGUUUCAUCGGCUACCGGAAUAGCGACACUCGGAAAAAGUAAACUUAAAUUUGCAAUUCAGCCGUCCAAUUUCAGCUCGAUUUCAUCGAACACGGCUAAAAUGCUAGAACAUUUAUCUUCCCUCUCGCACUAAUCUUCCCAGCUCUUCAAUUCUCUCCUAAUUUCCCUCUUCCCAUCUGUAAUUUAUGUGUACUUUUCUGGGUUCUUGCUUCUUUGUCUUCCUUCUCCCCCAAUUUCUUUAAACCCCAUAAAGAAAUUUGUCUCAAAAUCCACUGAAACUCGCUCAGAGUAAGCUCAAAUGGCUUUUGUGCUGGGUCUCGUGCUAGGUUUGUUUGUGGGGCUUGGUCUUGUCGUCGGUUUUGUGAAGUCCGAGAAUGCCCGGUCGAAGCGUCGGGCCGAUCUUGCUGCUACAAUCGCUGCUUUUGCUAGAAUGACAGUGGAAGACUCUAGAAAGCUCUUGCCCCCUCAGUACUAUCCCUCUUGGGUCGUCUUUUCCCAGAGACAAAAGCUGACUUGGUUGAAUCAGCAUCUUACCAAGAUUUGGCCAUAUGUUAAUGAGGCAGCUUCUGAUCUGAUAAAAGCUUCUGUAGAGCCUGUUCUUGAACAAUACAGGCCUAUCAUAUUGUCAUCACUCAAGUUUUCCAGAUUCACACUUGGCACUGUCGCUCCACAAUUAACAGGGAUAUCUAUAAUAGAAGAUGGAGGAACUGAUGGAAUAACCAUGGAGUUUGAAAUGCAGUGGGAUGGUAAUCAAAGUAUAAUCCUUGAUAUAAAGACUAGAUUGGGUGUUGCACUACCAGUGCAGGUAAAAAACCUUGGAUUCACAGGCGUUUUCAGGUUGAUAUUCAAGCCUUUGGUUGACGAAUUUCCAUGCUUUGGUGCUGUUUGUUUUUCUUUGCGACAGAAGAAAAAGUUGGACUUCACGCUCAAAGUUAUUGGUGGGGACAUAUCAGCAAUACCUGGGCUUUACAGUGCACUUGAGGGAACAAUUCGAGAUGCUGUUGAAGAUUCUAUUACAUGGCCUGUUAGGAAAGUUAUCCCUAUAAUACCUGGAGAUUACAGUGACCUGGAACUGAAGCCUGUUGGGAUACUGGAGGUGAAACUUGUGCAGGCAAAAGAAUUAACAAAUAAAGAUGUGAUUGGGAAAUCAGAUCCCUAUGCUGAAUUGUACAUACGGCCUCUCCGUGAUCGGAUGAAAACCAGCAAAAUAAUUAACAAUGACUUGAAUCCAGUUUGGAAUGAACACUUUGAGUUCGUUGUUGAAGAUGAGUCCACACAACAUUUGGUUGUGAAGGUUUAUGAUGAUGAAGGACUUCAGGCUUCUGAGCUUAUAGGAUGUGCUCAGAUUCAGUUAAGCGAACUUCAACCCGGUAAGGUGAAGGAUGUGUGGUUGAAGCUGGUUAAAGAUCUGGAGGUUAUCAGAGAUAAUAAAAACAGGGGGCAGGUGCACUUGGAGCUCCUUUACUGUCCUUUCGGUAUGGAAAAUGGCUUUACAAAUCCAUUUGCCUCUGAUUUUAGAAUGACUUCCUUGGAGAGCGUACUAAAGAAUCGGGCAAAUGGAACGGAAGCUACCGAAAGCGAACAAGCUGUCACACAGAAGAGGAAAGAGGUUAUUAUUAGAGGAGUACUUUCUGUCACAGUAAUAUCUGCAGAAGACUUGCCUGCAACAGAUCUUGUUGGAAAGUCUGACCCAUAUGUUGUACUCACCAUGAAAAAAUCAGGAAUGAAGAACAAAACAAGGGUUGUGAACGAGAGCUUAAAUCCCAUAUGGAAUCAAACUUUUGACUUUGUUGUUGAAGAUGGAUUGCAUGAUAUGCUUAUUGUUGAAGUUUGGGAUCAUGACACUUUUGGAAAGGAUUAUAUGGGAAGAUGCAUUUUGACACUUACAAGAGUAAUAUUAGAAGGGGAAUACAAGGAAUCAUUUGAACUCGACGGAGCCAAGUCGGGGAGGUUAAAUUUACACCUCAAGUGGAUGCCCCAACCAAUCUACCGUGAUACCUAAACAAUUUUCAGAAGUGUAAACCAGUAAGUUGGAGGUUGUACAACACCUACUUCUCUAAGCAGAUGAGAUGAAUAAUGAAGUCUCACAUCUUUUAUCUGUGAGAGAAACGACCUGAAGAUUGUAUAUAUAAUUGUUCCAUAUCACUUUGGCACUAUGCACAGACCACUCAAUUAUGAAGAGAGGAAUUUUACAAGCAGAGCAAAUGAAGGAGAUGCCCUUUACUUUCAAUUCCUUAAAAGUGUUAAUUUUUCUUUUUUUUGAGAGAGAAUAUGAAAGAAAGCCUUUCUGGCUGCAAAUUCUGACACGUUUAUAUAUGUAUUUAUUAUAUUUCUCUUAGUUAAAAUAUCUCAUUCUUUAUGAAUCUAUGUUUCAAUUUUACCGACCA